CGCGGUAAAGAAGUUGCAUGAUAAUUUUUGAUAAGAAAGUAAAUUAUUAAACUAAAAUAGUUUUUUUAUAUUAGUUUAAGCAGUGUAAGGUUAAUUUUGAUUUAAAAAAUGCCUCCAACUGACGCAGAAGUGCCGCAACCAGUGGCGGCGGCAAAACCGAACCCUCGGAACAAUCCUACAAUGUUCAAAAUAUUUCAAAACGUACAAUACAAUGUUGUUCAACACAAGAAAUAUGUGAAAGAAAUGAUAAAACUGUAUAAAAAGCUUGAUGAAGACAGUUUCCGAGAGAGCUUUAGGAAUGCAUUACAAUACUUGUUUACAUUCGGAGACACCAGUGCCAAUGUAGACAGAGUUGUACAGUUUGUGGCAUCAUUCUGCACCUCCCUUGAUGAUGAGGAAGAAUUCUUAUUGUUCAUAUUCAAUAUUAUUUUCGAUUGUCAAUGUGUGUCCGGUCAGUCAGUAAGGUACAGAGCCAGUCAGCUGCUGGCUGCUGUACUGUCAGCUCUUGGUGAUGAUGCCUCCUUGGAUGAUGACCUCUGUGACAAACUACUAGCCUCACAGAUGCAAAGACUGCAAGAUACCCGCGGCGCUGUACGUUGCCGUGCGGCCCUCGCUCUGCAACGGCUGCAGAACCCCAUGGAACCUGAUGAUGAAGUCACUAGAGCAUACAGGUUUCAUAUGAGCUGCGAUCCUAGUUCUUCUGUUAGAAGAGCAAUAGUAAUGUCGAUAGCGAAGUGCAGUCGUAACGUUCCAUUCGUGUUGGAGCGGCUGUGUGACGUGGAUGAGGCGGUGCGGCGCGCUGCCUUCCUGUACAUCGCCGCUAUCAACGUCACACAACUCAGGGUGCGACAGAGAGUACUCACGUUGAAGGUUGGUCUAACUGAGCGCAGUGUCCGCGUUCGUCGUGUGGUAGAAGAGAUCCUCAUCCCUGGUUGGCUGAGCACCUUCCAAGGCAAUAUCGUGGACUUGCUGAAGGCUAUACGAUUGGACAACGCACACGAUGCUAAAGACUCGCAGUAUGUUGCUGGGAAACUGCUGGAGUCGUUGUUCAAACGUCUACCAAUAUCAGAGCUCUUGGAAUGGCUGCCAACAGACAGAAGCUUGCGUCUCAUCCCGGCUGAGAAGCUGAAUAAGGAAACCGCGUGGUACUGGCGACAUCUAUCGGAACAUUUACAGAAGAUAGACGACGAUGAAACCCUGGAAUCUAUCCUACCUGACCUGGUGGUGCUUACUGGAUAUAUUAGGGCGAUCGUUGAGUCCCCCUGUCCGUCAGAGACGGACGACCCAGUAGCGUUCAGUACGCGGCAGUACGUACUGCACGAGCUCGCAACAAUGCUGCGGGUGUACGAUGCCACCGACCCCACUGGGAGGGGGGAAUUGCAGACUCUCAUCACUGAUGUACUCACUGGUGACUACGGUCCGUUGAACGCGGACGUGAUACGAGCAUUCGUGAAUGCUUUGGAGUUGGUAUUGCCCGACAUAGCAGCUCGCAUGGAGGUGGUCAACGGGAUCAUAGGGGCACUGCGCGACCCGCCUGAACCUGAACAGCCGUGUCUGCCGCCACCCAUAGUCGACUGCACUGAGGCGAAGUUACAGAGGGCCAGGCUUCGAGUGUCUUUGAACGUAGCAAUAGAAGCUCAAGAAGAAGCCGUCAGGGAACAGAACUAUGCUUUAGCUGCAGAGUGCAAAGCUAAGGUGGAAGACAUUCAAAAGAAGUUGGACGAGUUAUCCAUACAGCCUCCAGCUCCAGCGCCAGCACCCCCUGUAACGACAAUAAAAGAGAAAUUAUCAGACACGGCGACGCUAACAAAAUGUCUAACGAUACUGAACAGUGCCCUAGACACGCCACAAGUCAAGUCCAUCACUCCAAUGAUGCAGAUGAUCUUUAACGAGCUUGAGGUGGAUAUCUUCCAAAAUCCGGAAAUCGUAGAGACUGCCCUGGAAACGGUGGCUCUAUAUGGAAUGUUGGAUAAGGAGUUUGCUAAGGAGAACAAAGCAUUCUUCUUUGCUAAUUUAAUAGAUACAUCGAACGAGCGCACAGUAUCAACUGUUCUGCGUUGUAUAGUGGACCUACUCUGUGUGCACGGGGCCCGGGUCUUCGAGGAUGACAGUCAAGAAGACACCACCGUUAACACUACUAAGAAACGGAGCACUUACCACAGUGUUAUCGAUGAUGAUGGCAGUAUAUCGGAGUCAGCUAUUUCCAUGUCACCAGCGCAUAGCACGGUUAUCGAACUACUACUCAAAAUUAUGGACAGUACGUGCUCAGCAUACAGAUUGAUCAUAGUGGAAGGUCUCUGUCGCCUCCUGCACCUGGGACACCUCGAGUCUCCAGCUAUACUCAGCAGACUAUUAUUACUCUGGUUUAAUCCAGCUACAGUUGAUGAAGAUAUGCUGAGACAAACUAUUGGUGUGUUCUUCCAAACGUUUCCUACGACUGUUGAUGGCGCUCAAGAGCAGAUUCAGAAAGCAACCCUGCCCACUCUCCGGGCGCUUGCCAACGCGCCAUCAAGCUCACCGUUGGCAGAGAUCGACCAAGAAGCAGUCGUUAGGUUCAUUGUGUCACUGACUAGAGUCAACCAUGAGUUGGCAGACAGUCAGGGCGGCAUGGCGACGGUGCUGUGCCAGUACAUAGUGCGUCGGCCCUCCGCCCCCGAGGUGGGGCUCGCCUGCCGCCUCCUCGCGCUCCUCUCCGUGCCCAGGGACGCACUACUCGCGUCCGAGCUAGCACACAUGCUUAGGGACUUGUGCCUUAAAUUGCCAGACAAGCAGUCGUGUCGGAACCUCACGCGGUAUUUGGGUGCGUUAGAAGCGGCUGAGCGAGCCAGCAUGAACAAAAUGUCUAACACAGGUAUAACCGAGGGAAUGACUAUGCAAGAAGAUUCUCUAGCACCACUUGGCAGAACGACGUCGUCAUUGCCGCAACCAAUAGCUCGUAGCACGCAUGUCGUCAUCAACGAGACAGUUGAAGAGGAGGUGGAAAUUGAUGAGACGUCUCCCAACGACGCCAUAUCCAGGAUAUCUGAAGCCCAACCUCAAGCGGAAAGCAGUAGAGCCGUACAGGAGUCUAGUAAAAUAUUACGAGAGUCGUCAGAAACAGAUACAGUCCCCGCAGACACGAGGGACAAGUCAACAGACUCCAGCAGCGAUGAGUCGCCUGUUAAAAGAGCUAAAAUUACCAAAAGCACUAAGAAAAAGUUGUCCCUUAACCGUCCAGCAAGUUCGGACUCCAGCAAGGGUACCAAGGAAAAGGCUGGGAAAGGCAAGAAGGAUGCAAAAGAAGCGAAGGAAACCAGCGAUCAAGAUAAUAAGGGAGUGAAGAGGAGUCGGUCACAACGCUCCUUAGUUGAUGUAGAAAGAGCUAAAGCGAAAGCCGAAGAAAAAACAAAAGCCGGGGAAAAAUCGAAAGCCGAAGAACCAAUCAAAACAGAACAGAAAACUAAAGGAACCAAAAAUAAAAGGAAACAGUCGCCGAAGGAACCCGUGUCUUCUCAAGAGUCAUCGUCUCCUGUAUCAGAUCUGGAUGUAUCCAAUAUCACUGUACGCAAGUCCACAAGAAGCCUACAGUCAGGGUCUAGUACCGAGUCCAAUGGAUCCACAAAAGGAAAAGGCAAGAGUAAAAAGCAACCAGAAAAAGAACCAACAGCUGUCAGUAAGCCAGUACGUAGGACUCGAUCGUCGACUGGGUCUCGACGCAGCAGUGCGGGUUCUUCGCGGUCCAUGCACGAUGACUCCGAUGAUACCUUGCAUACCAUCGUAUAUGAGAAAGAAUUUGUGCCAUCAAUACUGAACGACUCCAGUGAGCUGGUAGACAGCAGGCGCAGUUCUAGAGCUAAUGUCACCAUACCUGAAACUCCCGAUGCUAGCGAAGAGUCAGAAUCUGAACCUGAGACAAAGAAGAAAGGAAAAAACAAAAGAAAUCCUAAGAAGAAAUCACAAUAA